UCGGGACGGUCUGUCACCGCGUUUACGUGACAGAUGUGUUUCGCGCGAUUAAUCCGCUUCGUUAAUUCGCGGUCGCGCGGUCGCGAGCGUGCACGAGGGUAAACGCAAGCGAGCCCCCUUCUCCCGCGCGUGUAGAGCCACGCGUCACCGCCCGUCGCGGUGCUGUCAUCGCGUACGAAAAGUCGAGGAGCUCCCGAGAGCAGGCAGAGAAGGAGAGACGGAAGGAGAGCGAGAGAGCGAGCGUCGAAGGAAGGAGAACGCGCUUCGUCAAAUGUCCCGCGGACGAGGCGGUUAGACAUCUAAUUCUCUGGCGAGCGGCGAGGAAGAGAGAGUGAGAAAGGGGGGGAGAGCGAGAGAGAAAAAGGUAGAGGGCGACAGGUUGAGGGAGAGUGAGACAGAGAGACUCGGCCAGCUGGUCUUGCGAGGUUGGUGGGUCCGUCGCGAACGCCCAGGAAGUACCGUCCGCGCGGCGCCCGAAGGCCCGACGUGGUGAGCCGAUAAUCGUCGCCCGGGGAGGUCUCGGCGGCGGCCCACGCGACGCGACGACAAUGGCAAAGACGUACGAUUAUUUAUUCAAGCUGCUGCUGAUCGGCGACUCCGGCGUGGGCAAGACCUGCGUGCUGUUCCGCUUCUCCGAGGACGCGUUUAACACCACCUUCAUCUCGACCAUCGGCAUUGACUUCAAGAUUCGUACCAUCGAACUGGACGGCAAGAAAAUCAAGCUACAAAUAUGGGACACCGCUGGACAAGAAAGGUUUCGCACCAUCACCACGGCUUACUAUCGUGGCGCGAUGGGGAUCAUGUUGGUGUACGACGUUACGAACGACAAAAGUUUCGAAAACAUAAAAAACUGGAUUCGUAAUAUAGAGGAGAACGCGUCGGCGGACGUUGAGAAGAUGUUAUUAGGCAAUAAGUGUGAGCUUACAGACAAGAGGCAAGUGACUAAGGAGAGGGGCGAGCAACUGGCUGUCGAGUACGGCAUUAAGUUUAUGGAAACCUCGGCCAAGUCUAGUAUCAAUGUGGAAGAAGCUUUUUAUACUCUGGCACGCGAUAUCAAAGCAAAGAUGGAGAAGAAACUGAAGGAGGCAUCGAAUCCACCGAAAGGCGGCGGCCAUCAGUUGAAAGCUUCGGAACCACAGAGGAAGCCACCUAGUUGGCUCGCCCGUUGUAUUAUACUCUGACCCCCCAAAUAUUUUCAACUGUUCAAGGAGGCGCAUCUAUUUACUAUCAUUAUUUACUUAUGUUCAUUUCGUCGAACAAAACCGAUGUUCUGUGGAACUCUUCACAUCCCAAAUAUCGGGUAUAGUGGGUUUAUUCCUUGACAAUGAAACGUUAUCACGUCGUAUUAAAGACUCGGAAAUUAUUUGCAUGAAUGUAUUUUUUUUCUGCCGAAGAACCCUCAGAGGAGAAAGUAUUGAAACUUUUAUAUUUUUAUUGUAGAGAAGAGGAUGUAUUGUUUUUUAGUUGAAUGAAACUGCUGCAGUCUGUUAUAUAAAUAUUCUACUUGUUAAUCGAUAUAAAUAAAUGGACUUAGACGAAGUAGUCCCGCGGUAAUUUAAGUUAUGACCGUAAUGUGAUCCAAUGUCUUGCUGCGUCUCUUAAGGAAUUUAUAAUGUAAUUUAUUAAAUAUCAGGUGAAAAUCAUGUCAGAUGUGAUAUAUUAAACACACAAUGAACUUCUCCUCUGGUUUUCUUGUAUCAAGGGUAAUGGUUGACUUCUUUUUUUUUUUAAUCGAAAUCGCUAUUAAGUGUAAAAGUAUGUGUUACUUAAUUUUUUAUGGCAAUGGGAUGAAGUAUACAACUUCUUAUGCACGAAAUUCUGCAAUUUAUAUUUCAACCUGAUUUACAUCGCGUGUUUCUCUUAUCGAAGGACCAUGUGUCUAUAAACGUAUGUAUACACAUAAAUACAUAUACAUAUAUGUAUAUGUAUAUAUACAUAUAUCUAUGUGUAUAGAAACAUGCAUCACACACCAUACAACAUCACAUACAAUGACUAAAAGUAAGGGAAAAAAUAAGAUUAAGCAGUAUAGGUAUCACAAUCGUUUUUAUACUGUUACUAAGCGAAUAUAGCUUUUUCACAAAAUUAACGGGAAAACGUAAAGUGUACUAAGAGCAUUAACUGACAUAACGAAAAUGCCUUGUGACGAAUUGAACAAGAACUUUAUAGUAACAAUUUUGUUAUAUCACGGAUAGUCAUAGAAUUUUUAUUAGGUCUAAAAUGAAAAAAAAGAGGAAACGAGCAUAAGUGCGCGAAGCUUAUCUUCCGGCGGACUUGCUUUGCAUAUAGAAUUAGACUUGUUUACAGGGAUCUGUAGUGGAAAAAAAAGAAUGAAUAAACAAAUCUUCGUUCGCUGGUUGUCAUGAUGUGCAUCUUGCAAGUUUGCAUUUUUACCAUCGGAACUUGUUCAACUUAUACUUAAAUAUACAAACGAUUAUUAUAUAAUACAUUUUUUAUUAAUCCUG